AUGAAAGGUAAGAAGCAUCCUGCUGUUCACGAGAUGAAAAGAUCGAUGGUCAACACUUUCAUCUCCUUCGUCUUCCCCAUGGUCGUCAUUUCUGUGCUCAACACCAUCAUCGCCAACCAGCUCAUGGUCAUGUUCAGGCAGGCUGCCCAAGAAAACCAGGUCUGCACCAUCGGCGGGCAGCAGACGAUGCUCAGCAUGUCCAUGGAGCCCAGCCGCGUGCAAGCCCUGAAGCACGGCGUCAGGGUCCUACGUGCUGUGGUGAUCGCGUUCGUGGUCUGUUGGCUCCCUUAUCACAUACGGCGUCUCAUGUUUUGCUACGUCCCCUCCAGUCACUGGACCGAUUUCCUUUUCAACUUCUACCACUACUUCUACAUGUUGACAAACGUCCUCUUCUACGUCAGUUCGGCAAUCAACCCCAUCCUCUACAACUUGGUGUCUGCAAACUUCCGACAGAUCUUCCUCUCUACACUCACACUCCUGUGCCUGCCAUGGAGGAAGAAGAAGAAACGACUGGCCUUCACCAGGAAAUCCAACAGCAUCUCCAGCAACCACACAUUUUCCAGCCAGGUCACAAGGGAAACUACAUACUGAAGCCAAAGGAGGAAGGGAAAUGCAUUUCAUCGUGGAGUCAAACCUUGAGAGAGGCCUCUGUGACUUUCAUGCAUGGUCUCCAAAUUCACGUAACACAAAUGUGUUUAGCAAAGUCGUUUUUGUUGGAAAAAUAGGCUUCAUUCUGCUGGUAACUUUGAGGUUAUUUUAAAGCAUUGGCUUUGCCUCUUGUGAGUAAUGUCUACACGUUUUGUAACUUCAGUCUGGCGUAAAUCCAGUUGCAGUGUUAAUUGGGAAGCCAAAAUAUGUUAAACUUAGGCAAAAUCAUAGCGCAUUUCAUCCUUUUCUCAAUGCAGAGAUGCCAUGUCCACAUCCAAGGGUCUGAGAUCAUGUCUCUUGGUAGCACCAAGCAGAGAGUCUGAUGAAGAGAAAUCAAUUUUGAACAGAAAGGGAUGUUUUUUGGAGAAUGGACAUGCUCGUCUAUGGGAUGUUCUAUGAACGAAGAGUGAAAACUCAGGGAGCCAGGUGGUCAUCUUAGAAAUAUAUCUAAAUUAUGAUUAAUAUGACCUAGGUGCUCAAGAGAGCCACUCUGGCUUCUUGGAAUUAAAUGACAGAUGAUGCCUUACCUAGAUUGGGGUGGCUGUGCCUGGGGGUGGGGUAGGGGGACAUCUUUCACUUUAGGGCAUAUAUAGUGCCUGGCACAGUGAACCCCCUCUCUCGCUGGUUUGGUACUGCCACACCAAUAGAUAACAAAGUCUCUGGCAGAGUCAAAAAUGCAGAAACUGUGCCCAGCUGGAGUGCUGAAAGCAAACAUAAGUGGAAGACCUUACUGUUGCCAUACAGCCAAAUCCUAUUUUUUACCGCGGAGAACAGUUAUCUGGCCUGCAUUAAGAGGUGAGAAAACUCCAGGCUGAUGAGGGCCCCAGGCUGCUGAGAUAAGAGCAAACUGCCCCAAUUCUGUGGGACCUUCAGAUUUUCCCAAUUCUUACUCCAGUUUUAAUUUUCCCUCACCAUUUUCACGAGGCUGACAUAGGUUAUAUCAGUUGUAGGCAGCAGGGCCUCUAGUUCUACAUUUUCCUUCAUUUCUUUUUUGCUACCAGACCUUUUGGCACACUGAUCUGCACACACAAAUCUUCAGACAGUGCAAAUGAAGAACACAAGAAGCUCUAAACUGGGGAGUCUUAGCUCUAAAACAACUUCCUUUUAACAAGCCAGAGGAACAGAAACAAGACCUGAAAAGUCUCUUUAAAGUUUCUCAGCUGGCCAUGAUAGGUAGCGUGAGCUUUUCUCCCACGUGGUUCCACCUCUAACAGCCCACUAUGUGAUGCAGUAAAUUGCUUCAGAGCCUUCAGCACCAGAAAUCACAGGCCUCUGGGACAAUCUAAAGGACUUUCCCUGCUGUCACAUCACCAUAUGGUGACCUGCAUGAACCUGGAACCAGCCGAGCAUCCUGUGCAACCUCUGCUGUGAUUUUGGUGGUGGUGACCUUGCGUCCCCUUUCACACCGCACUUCAUUAGAGCAGAAGUUGCCUGGUUUAUGAUGACAAACUAGAAGACUCACUUGUCUCAAUUCAGCUUUCUGGGCUUUGCCCACACCCUGUCACUCUUCAACUAACGGGCACCCUUGGUACGUAACAGAAGUCUCAAUGCUGGAGAUGUGGAUCUGGCCCCGGUGAACUGUCAUACAACGAUGGAGACCAGUUACUGAUCCACUGGGUACCAGUGACUUCUCCUGCUACAGAUGUGGCAACCCACGCGUUUGGUCCUGUUGGGCUCAGGACACAGAGAAAACACCUGUGGGGCAUUUACUGCGAGUUGUGGGUGAUGGCUAACUGCUUCCAAGGCGUUUGUAACCUGGCUGUUGUACAGAGCUAACUACCAUGGUAGACCUGGCUACCAUCAGCCAUGACCUCCAACCACACCUACCAGGGUUUAUUUUAGUGUGUAAUACAGAACCACUGCAAAAGAAAGGGCUCAAAAUAGAAAUCAGUGGGGCUUUAGUUUCCCCCGAUCCAGACAAACUGCAAGUUUUGUUCUGACACACCUUUUAAUUUCUUGCCCUGGUUGUACCAGAGGGCAGAGAUAUAUUUGACAAAGCGCUUCUGUUGUUCAUGCACAGUUGAUUCUUGAUUCUCUUUGGCAAGCAAAACAGGUAAUGGCUCACACACACACACACACACACAUGAUAAGAGAGACUGGUCUCUUUGGAAGGAAAGUGGUGAGAAACCAGCAAAAGUUAUCUCUGUGUGUGUUAGAAAUGGUUUGGGCAUGUUGGAAGAGGAAGACUUGUAAUAAUGCCUUGUAGGAAAGUCCAGGUAUGAUGAGCAGAAGAAGAGGAGUUUUAAUGUCACACACUUAACACUGGCCUUCCAAGCAAGACACUUUAAAUGUUUCUAGAGAGGAUCUAAAAUUUUUAACUUCACCUCUAAAUAGAGUCAACAGCUGGGAGGUGGUUUCUCGCACAGAAGCUGUAACUGUGUCAUGCUUUGACUUUCAUCUCCUGCGUGUCUCAGUUGCUUUUGAAAUGUUAAACAUUAUUAAUACACUUGUUCAACCCCAACCUGCUGAAAUGCGCUUAAUUACCUUAGAAACACUGUACAAAAAAAAUUUGUUGUUUCACAUAAAACGCUUGGCUUAGAUUUUCAUUACUGAGAUACGCUGGCAGUUUACAGAGUAUUUGAUCACAGCUCAGAAAACCUGGUAGGUUUAUUUUUGGUUUGACAGGAAAACGGGAACAAGCUGGAGUAAAAAUGAAUUUAUCAUAAACUCUUUCUGCAAUGUUUGUUGGGCCACUGGAGUCCUGAAGAUCUGGCUGUUUGAGCAGAUUUAUCCAAGUGGUUUGCUGGCUUCUACAGGUCUGUCCCUGCAGUUUAACAUGGGAGACAACCUGAGUCUAUGGCCUUAAUCUGAGAUUGCAGCUCAAAGCUACCUCUACCACUGGCCAAAUCUGACUAUCUUGAGCUGAGAAGUGUAAGUUACAGCUGAUUUCAUCCUCUCUCCCCUCCUCACCUAGUUUUACUAUAUUCAACCUAGAGAUUUAGUUCCCUUGAGCUCAAAGAAGUGAGGAUAACUCACUGCAAGACCUCACAGUUUUGUAAAUGAAAGCAUGAUACCGUAGAGAAGAAAAAGAGAACAAACUGCCCAGUAUAUACCAGAAAAAAUGGUUCUUUCCAAACCUUUUAAUAAAGGUUGAACUACUAACCCAACAGGGUUUAACUUUAAACCUAAUCAAGUAUCAAUAGCUUUUACGAUUAGACAAAACACCUAGUCCCAUCCUUGGUAUUCGUCUUGUCUGAACUCUCCGCUGAGGCUGAGAGGUGAGCGUUGGUGCAGCAUGCUGUUAAUCUAUGCAAAUUUCCUACAAGUGUUUUGAAUAGUUUGUCUCGACUGAAAAAAAAAAAAAAAAAAAAAAAAAAAAAAUCUGUUGAACCCACAGAUGUGAAGUGCUGCCAGAUGGAUUCUGAGAAAUUCCCAUCUGAAGAAAGUCUAUCAAGUGACCUCUUCAAAUACUAUUUUGAGGUUUCGUUCCUCUUCACAGUGUUCUUGACAGGGCCAUCCACUUGGCAGCGUGUGAAAUCAAAUUUACAAAGUCAUUAUGCUAUGAGGAAAUUUCCCCCAGACAGGACUUUCUCACCAAAGGCCCAGUAGACAUGAGUGUUUGAACACUCGGCUGAGCUUGUCUUUUUAUAAAGUACAUGAGACCUCGCUUCGGCGACGGCGUCCGUAAAGGAGGAAAAACUAACGGAAAAGUCGGUGAGGAGGGUCAGCAGGACCCGUGCUCUAAACACGACAAUAGAGGGACCUUUGUGUUUAUAGCAUCAAACAUUUAUUCAAAUGAAAACCAAGGUGUUCUGUUGCUGCAGAUGGCUCGUGUUGCAGGUUUGAACCCAUCAUCUGUGCAGCGGCCAUCAGCACCCGCCCUCGCGUGAGCGCGCAGAGGUUUCCCACGCGGCGCCUUGAGUGUCAGUCUGGUAUCUUCCCGGUGGUGUUGUCUGGUAGCUGGUUAAACAAAGCUGUGUCUGCUAGAGCUCUGCCUGGUUCUUACCAUUACAGCUCACCAAGUUCUUCUGUUCUCAGUCUGGAGUCAUUUAGUACAAAACCAGAAAUUGCCAAAAAAAUUCAUGAUGCUGUGUCCUGGCUUUGUGAUCGAGAGUCCUUCCCCAGCCGUGCCACCUGAUAGUCCUGCACAUAUUGUAUUUAUGGCAAAUAUUUUUUAAAGUGCACCUUUGUUUUUUUUUUUCUAAAAGACAAAACUUUGAUGUGCUUUACUUUCUGUGGCCUGUUGCGCAAUGGGAAAAAAAAAAAAUGUUACAAGUGUGUCAGCAUCUCCUUUGUAAUGUUUUCUGUGACAAAGGGAAGGAAGAGGGUGUGAAAUCCUUUUGUGUAGCAAUGGGAAGCACUCUUUCAAUGUAACGUGCUAUUAUUGACACUGUAUUUACUGAUCAAACUGUAACGAAAUGGUUAUGUCCUGAUAUAGCCUUUGUACUGUACGGUAUUUUAUUUUAUUUUAUUUUGUCAUUUAUUGAUUCUAAGAAAUAAAUAUCCAAAUUUAA